CCGUGUCUGGACUUUGCCAGGCUGCGGCGCCCGGCUCGCUUGAAAGGUGCAGGCCUCACACCCCUGCAGAAUGACUGUUGCCGGGGGUGACCCGACGGACGAGGCAGCUGCCCAGCCGGGCCACCCACAGGACUAUGACCCGGAGGCGGACCACGAGUGCUGCGAGCGUGUCGUCAUUAACGUGUCGGGCCUGCGCUUCGAGACGCAGCUCAAGACACUCUCGCAGUUCCCAGAGACCCUGCUGGGAGACCCCAAGAAGCGCAUGCGCUACUUCGACCCGCUGAGGAACGAGUACUUCUUCGACCGCAACCGGCCCAGCUUUGACGCCAUCCUGUACUACUACCAGUCUGGCGGGAGGCUCCGGCGGCCGGUCAACGUCACCCUGGACGUCUUCUCUGAAGAGAUCCGCUUUUACGAGCUCGGUGACGAGGCCAUCGAAAUUUUCCGAGAGGAUGAGGGCUUCAUAAAGGAAGAGGAGAGGCCUCUGCCCGACAAUGAGUUCCAGAGGCAGGUAUGGCUGCUGUUCGAGUAUCCCGAGAGCUCGGGGCCUGCCCGCAUCAUCGCCAUCAUCUCCGUCAUGGUCAUCCUCAUCUCCAUUGUCAGCUUCUGCCUGGAGACGCUGCCCAUCUUCCGCAGCGACGACGAGGACAUGCACAAGACCCACAACCCCUACUCCAACAGCACCACCAGCUACACCUCCACCUACUUCACUGACCCCUUCUUCAUCCUGGAGACGCUCUGCAUCAUCUGGUUCUCCUUCGAGUUCCUGGUGCGCUUCUUUGCCUGUCCCAGCAAGGCCAGUUUCUUCGUCAACAUCAUGAACAUGAUCGACGUGGUGGCCAUCAUCCCGUACUUCAUCACCCUGGGCACGGAGCUGGCGGAGAAGGCCGAGGGAGACGGGCAGCAGGGUCAGCAGGCCAUGUCCUUGGCCAUCCUGAGGGUCAUCCGCCUGGUGAGGGUCUUCCGUAUCUUCAAGCUGUCGCGGCACUCCAAGGGACUCCAGAUCCUGGGUCAGACCCUGAAGGCCAGCAUGAGGGAGCUGGGCCUGCUCAUCUUCUUCCUCUUCAUCGGAGUCAUCCUCUUCUCCAGCGCUGUUUACUUCGCCGAGGCCGACGAGCCCGAGUCGCAGUUCUACAGCAUCCCCGACGCCUUUUGGUGGGCCGUGGUCACCAUGACGACUGUCGGCUAUGGCGACAUGACGCCGACCACCAUCGGCGGCAAGAUCGUGGGUUCGCUAUGCGCCAUCGCUGGCGUGCUUACCAUCGCCCUGCCCGUGCCCGUCAUCGUCUCCAAUUUCAACUACUUCUACCACCGCGAGACGGAGGGCGAGGAGCAGGCGCAGUACCUGCAGGUGAACGUGCCCAAGGCCGAGUCCAACGAGGAGCUGAAGAGGAGCCGCAGUGGCUCCACCAUCAGCAAGUCCGACUACAUGGAGAUCCAGGAAGGCGUCAACAACAGCAACGAAGACUUCCAGGACGAGAACAUCAUGAAGGCCAACUGCACACUUGCAAACACAAACUAUGUCAACAUCAAGAAAAUGCUCACGGAUGUAUAGGCUUCUGGAAAUUUCCCCGCCGGGUUGGGAGUAGGGGCAUGGGACACCAAAAAGGAAGUUAAGCAUCGGCCUUCCUGUUUCUCGAAGGCAAUGGAGGGCCGUACACUGUUGAGAAACAGGUGUAGUAGACACCUCUGUGUUUCAGUCGAGGGACAAUAUGUGCCCGGUCUCCCUAAAGUUCCCUAUAGUAAACCAUCUGUUUUCUUCUCACCACUCUCCCUGCUAGUACUUAGCGCCAGUCAAGUCCCUUAUCCAAAAACCCAAAUAUUUAGUGUCUGCAUGGAUUAGCUUUGUGUGUAUGGCUGCUCAUCUCACCAUGUCCCGCGUAAGAAACAUAGCCAAGCUGUAUUGCAAACGCCGAGGACAGACUGCUGUGAGGGACGUUUUAAUCUCAGACAAACAAAAGCGCAGUGAUCUCUCUCUCUCUCUCUUUCUCUCUCUCUCUCUCUCUCUCUCUCUCUCUCUCACACACACACACACUCACACACACACACACACUCACAGUCUCACACACAAACACACACACACAAACACACACACACACACCAUCUCUGUCCCACAGAGUGUGAUGCUGUGUGUCCAUGCUGCUCAGAAAAAAAGAAAAGAAAAAAGAAGCCAUUUGGGAGCAAAUCCUGACACUUUGUUUUCAGUGUAAGAGACGUUUAAAAAAAGCCUCUGCUCUGAUGCAGCAGAGAGCUAAGUAGUCACUGCGCACCUCACCACAGUCAGAGAAAUCACCGAAAGAAUGAUGGCAGCCCACAUGGUGAAAAGAAUAAUGCUUGUCAGUGCCGCUAUUGUCAUAAUGGAGAGUUUUUGCACAUUUUUAUUCUCACUAUGUGGCAGUAUCAGGUAUCAGACUGAAUGCUCCUUAAUGCUCCUUACUAACUCCCCUAACCUAACCCCCACCUCCACGCACUUCACCCUAGCUGUUGUCUUAAGUGGCUGGACAGGGACUGAUCACGUGGACAGACCCUUCCAGCUUGUAUUCCCCUCACCAAUGUUGCUUUAGAGCUUUCAAAGACAGAUUGAAUGUCUCUUAGUGCUUAGUGUGUUUCGCCAUCCCUUACUUAGUAAGUUACGUCUGGACAGGGCAAUCACCUGGGCUUUUAUAGCUCUGACAUGUCUCCUAGUCAGUUGGCAAUGUUUUAGAGAUCUUUUGUUUUUCGCAGCUUGGCUUGCUUGCCUCUCUGUCCCAUGUUGUAUGCAUCUGAGUAAGUUCAUGCGGCUAAACUGUCCAAUGAGAGGGAAAAUAUCCUUUUUCUUCUACUCACUAACACUGUUGGUCGACGUCUUCCAUUUUACAGUACAUUCCACUUCCAUAAGAAGGACAAAAGCAUUCCAUAUAGACUAGUGCAAUCGUUUCUGUAAGCCACUGCAGAGAUAGACAAAUUUAUUGAUAUUCAAGAGACAUUUCAGCUGAAACAAGCCACACUGUAGUUGAUACUGUAAGUAUUCCUAGUGAAUUGUUAGCCUGCCCAUAGUUGUAGCAUUAAUAUGAGAUUAUUUUUCUAUUCACAUAUUGUAGUGUAUCUUAUUAAUUUCAUCUAAGCUGUCGUGGACUCAGCAGUAAGGACAACUGUGGAGGAACGUGUUUAAAAAUGAUGCUUCCUGUCAACUGCCUUUUAAAUAACAAAAACAUAACGAAGAGAGAGUGAAAAAGAAGAAAAAAAAAAUAUUUUUAUUCUAUUACUCUAGUAUUGCAUGACCUCAAAACAUUCCUAGUGGCAUGUAUUUCAGUUCAGUCCAAACAAAACACGGCGAUAGAUAGCUAAAUAUGCUAAAUAUAUUUAUCUCCUCGAUCUCUCUAUAUAUAUAUGCAUAUAAUUUUAUCUGGAUAAUACAAUACAAUACAAUACAAUGUGCAAUGUAAGUAAUUAGUAAUUUCAAACAUGACUACAGCUGCCCAUGUCAGGGUGUGUUCUAAAGGCAAUACAGCUGGCAGGCAAAGGCCAACACACAGAUUUCGUCCUUUAAAGUAAGGGUUAAGGCCUAUUCACACCAAGAACGAUAACGAUAACGAUAACGAUAACGAUAACUAUAACGAUAACGAUAACGAUAACUAUAACCAUAACGAUAAAAGCGUUCACACUGAACAACGAUAAACAA